GUUUCACUUUUGCAAACACUUACUUAUGUCCUGCGAGAGAAGAACUCAGACCUCUCUGCCUGUCACAGAAAGCUGUUACAGGGGGGCAGCCUGGCGAUGGCUAAUUACACGUCAGCACCAGAGGAUGACUAUGAUGUUUUCAUAGAAGAUGACCUCAGCAACGAUGAAAGAGAACUGUGCAGCCCAUACGACCCCAAGGCUCUCUUGGCCCAGCUGGUGCCCUACCUCUUCAUCACGGUGUUCUUGGUUGGCCUCCUGGACAAUAUCUUGGUUGUGCUUAUCAUGGUAAAAUAUAAAGGACUCAAGCAAGUGGAAAACAUCUAUCUCCUCAACCUGGCAGUGUGUAACUUGUGUUUCUUAUGCACCCUGCCAUUCUGGGUUCACAUAGCCUGGCAUGGGGGGGAUCCUGGCGAGCCCCUGUGUAAAAUUCUCUUGGUGCUCUACUCUGUGGGCCUGUUCAGUGAGGCAUUUUUCAACGUCCUUCUGACUGUGCAAAGGUACCAAAAGUUUUUCCAAAUGAGAGGGUUUUUCUCGGCCACCAGGAUGGUGGCUGGCAGCAUCUUCCCAAGUGCUCUGGUGUGGGUCAUAGCCGUUCUGGUCAUGUUGCCUGAACUUGCUUUUUACAAACCCCAGAUGGAAAACCAGAAAUACAAGUGUUUCUUUGGCAGACCGCUCUUCCUACCAGCUGAUGAGACAUUCUGGAAGCACUUUCUGACCCUAAAGAUGAACGUUUUGGGAUUUCUUUUGCCACUGUUUGUUUUCGUAUUUUGUUAUGUGCGAAUGAGGAGAACAUUAAAGUUCGGGGAGAGGGGGUAUGACCUUUUCAAGUUGGUUUUCACCAUAAUGGUUGUUUUCCUUCUGAUGUGGGGACCCUACAAUAUUGCACUUUUCCUGUCUGCUUUCAACGAACACUUCUCCCUGCAUGGUUGUGAGAGCAGCUACAACCUGGACAGAAGCACUCUGAUCACGAAAAUCAUUGCCACCACCCACUGCUGCGUCAACCCUCUCCUCUACGUGUUUUUCGACGAGGCAUUUAGGAAACACCUCUACCAUUUUUGCCAUCUGUGUAAUGACACUGCACUUCAACCCACUGAGGAACCUGCCCAAGGCACAUCAAGGGAAGAGCCCUGCCUCUCCACUAAAAUGUAAACUAGCUCCUGCCAAAGGUCGGCCUCCUGCAGCUGCUCCAGGUAGAAGAGUAUGUGGGACAAAACGACCUGAGAACAUGAGGCUCAGCCCCUGCUUCUCUGUCGGAAGGAGUGGUGAAGACGAUCAGACCAUUUCACUUACGUCACCAACGACAAAAUACGUUUUCCUCUGCCCUCAACCACGUGGUCAGCACAAGAGUUCUGCUCUGUGAGUUUGCGGACAGCCCUCCCCACCAGAGCCCCUGCCUGCAUGCUCUUUCAAGUGUCCGUCUUUGCAGUGCACCUCCCGCACACUUCCUGGGGGUGCACCUAGAUUGCUCAGCUCAGGACCUUCCCCAGCUGCCCCAUGCAAACAGGCCCUCCAUCCUCUGCAAAGCACAUAAUCCAUGUCCCCAAGCCUAUGCCAGUUUCCUUUGGUGACAAUCCACAUAUACUCACUGUCUCCACUCUUGUCUCUGAAGGACUCCAGGGCAGAGUCUGUCUAGCUCAUCUCCAAACAAAUUAGAGAAGAUGAGAUGUGGUGAUGGAUGAGAAGGUGGCUAAGAGAGACUCCAGCCAACACAGGUGCUGUUAUUCCCCAGGAAAGAGGUGACACUCAUGCCUGUGAGGGAAGAGGCAAGAGGGAGGGGUUGACUGCCAAAGGAUAAUGGGAGCACUUCCUUAAAAAGAGGCUUAAACACAUUCCAGGGGAGACUGAGAAAAUAUGAGCAUGAACAAAAUGUCAGAUGGUAUAGAAUUAUCAUUUUCAAGUGUGACAAUAAAAUGUUGAUUAUGUGAGAUAAUGUUCCUAUGCUUAGAGGAUGGCAUGCUCAAGAAUUUAGAAGUACACAGAGUUCUCUUGUGGCUCAGGGG